AUGUCUGUUAUUGGAAUCGCUUUUGGUAAUUCUACUUCCUCCAUUGCUGUUUCUACUGCUGAGGGCAAGGUCGAGGUCAUAGCCAACCCUGAUGGGGAGCGUGCCAUUCCCUCAGCUCUAUCCUAUGUUGCUGGUGACGAGUACCAUGGUGGACAGGCCAUUGCCCAGUUGAUCAGCAACCCCAAAAACACCAUAACCAACUUUCGUGACUUUAUUGGCGUUUCCUUUGAGAAAAUAGAUCCCACUGUCUGCGAGUCCUCCUCCAAACCCAUAAAUCUUGAUGGCAAGGUGGGCUUCAGAAUUUCCAAAAAUGGGCAAGAAGAAGAGACUUUGUCCAUAGACGAGGUUGUCACCAGACACUUGAGGGCUCUUAAAUUGGCUGCUGAAGACUACAUUGGCGAAGAAGUUGAGGGUGUUGUGAUGACAAUUCCCACCAACUUCACUGAACAACAAAAAGCUGCCUUAAAGGCUGCCAGCAAGAAAGCCGGCUUGGAUAUUUUGCAAUUUAUCAAUGAGCCAAGUGCUGCUUUAUUAGCUCAUGUUUCUGCCAACGAUUCCUUGAAAGAAGACAAAUUGUACGUGGUUGGUGAUUUUGGUAAUAUCAGAUCUGACGCUGCUGUCAUUGCUGUUAGAGGUGGCAUUAUGACCAUUUUAGCUACUUCCCAUGACGAACUAGGAGGAGAAAAAUUAGAUGCUGCUUUGAUGGAAUUUUUCAGCAAAGAAUUUGAAAAAAAAUAUAAAGUUAACCCAAGAAAAACCACCAAAUCUUUGGCCAAACUAAAAGACGCUUGUGCUACUGCAAAAAAGACCUUGUCCAACGUUCAAACUGCCACUAUUUCAAUAGAUGCUUUGGCUGAAGGCUUUGAUCUCAAUUCAAGCAUCAAUAGAUUGCGUUUUGAACUAGUAGGUCGUAACGUCUUUUCUCAAAUGACUACAUUUAUUGAAUCUGUUGUCAAGAAAGCCGGUUAUGAUCGUUUAUAUAUUGAUGAAGUAUUAUUAGUUGGUGGUACUUCUUUUGCUCCAAAAUUAGCUGCAAACUUGGAAGCUGUUUUUCCUGAGACCACAAAAAUCAUUUCUCCAGCAACUGCAAAGGCUAUUGAUCCAACUCAAUUAAUUGCUCGUGGUGCUGCUCUACAAGCCUCGAUGGUUGAAUCCUUUGAUGAAUCUGAAAUCAAUGAAUCUUUACAACCAAUUGUUCUCAACACAUUGCAUUUACCAAAUUCUGUUGGUAUCUUGGAUAGCAAAGAUAUCUUCCACCCAAUUUUGUUAGCUGAAACCGCUGUGCCUAUUCGUAAAUCAUUAAAAUUGAAAGUUGGCAAAAAGGGCAAUUAUUCAAUCAACAUUGUCGAAGCUAAUUCCCACAUCAAAGAAACCACUGUGGAAGCAGCUGCUAAAGAAGAAAAACCAAAGGACCAAGAAGAUGAUGAUGAAUCUGACUGGUCAGAUGAAGAUGAUGAGCCCGAAAUACUUAGAGAAAGGGUUUAUGUUACCAAAAAGAAAUUAGUUGAAAUAGCUUUCAACACUUCUGACGAUAAUUCCACUAUUGAAGUGACUCUAAACGUUGUAAAAGAUGGUAAAUUACAAGUGUUUGUAAGAGAAGAUAAAAUAGCCUCAAUUCCCGUAAAAGCUGAAGUGCUUGCUCAAUAG